AUGGAGCACCAAGAUCCAGCGCUGUGGGAUCACCACGAGGAAGGCAAUGCCAGUGGUGAGUAUCACCAGGAUUACGAGCAUUACUAUGGCGAUCACGGCGGCUAUCACUACGGGCAGGAGCAGCAGCCGCAGGUCGAGGCUCUCGAUCCGCUACACAUCGAGGGCUUUGAUCCAAGCGCGCAUCAUCUAGCCUACGACGAGCAGCAGCAGCAGCAGCAUCUCGGCGGAGGAGGUGAGCACGAUCUGAAUUUCCGGGAGCAAGGGUUUGAUCCCAACGCUUAUUUCGACCAGGCUCAUGACCCUCACGGGCAGUAUGAUCCACAGCAGCACUAUGAUCCACAGCAGCAGUACUAUGAUCCCCAGCAGCACAAUGUCGAGUAUGAUUCACAGCACUACCAGGCGGAUUAUGAUCCCCAGCAGCAUGGGCAGUAUGAUCCACAGCAGUAUGAUCCACAACAGCAUGAUCCACAGCAGCCCCAGCAUCAUGAUGCUUGGUCUGGGAUCCACGACGCUUACGACCACGCAGGCCAAGCUGUUCACGAGGCUUACGACCACGCGAGGGAUGCUCUACACGACGCUUACGACCACACAAAGCACGCUCUGGAUGCUAUAAAGGUGGGCGACGCUCUCGACCACUCCAAGCACGCAUUGGACAGUGCUUACGAUCGCACCAAGCACGCAGUGGAGGGCGCCUGGGACACUGUGAAGUCUACCCAAGCUUAUGGGAAAGCCACCCAAGUUUUGGAUCAGACCAGGGAGGCAGUGGAGGGUGUUCUUCAGACCGUUCGAGAAAAGUUGCCUCCACCGGUGGUCAGAGCGUAUGAUCAGGCCAGAGCCGUGGUGGAAAGUGCCGUGGAUCACACGAAGGUGGCGUAUGAGAGUGUUAAGACGAAGGUGGCUCCGACUGUUACUAGUUUGCUCAGCCAGCUCCCGUUUAAGACCGACAAGAACAGCCUCAUCUUUUACGGUGCUAGUUUCGCUCCAGUGUUGGCUUUGUGAUACUUCUCAUGACAGUGAUUCUCAUAGCAAUGAAGCCGAAGGGUGCGUCGAAA